CUAGAGUGAAAAGCUCGUCUAAAGCAUCCAUUACCACAAUACAACCCUGGAGAGCAAUCAACGCUUCGACUUCCACCCUCGAAAAGCUUAAGAUGGUGCGGGCUUACAAGCAUGAACAUGUCUACCGCCACCCCUGGGACCGCGUCACCACCGCUUCCUGGCGCAAGUUCACCGAUCCCGAUACCCCCGCCGUCCUCUCACACGUCCUCGACGUUCACACCCUCUCUCGCCGCCUCGACGCCACGUCCGGAUGCCUCCACACCGUCCGAUCCAUCACCGUUCGAUCUCCCUCCCUCCCCUUCUUUCUCCGCCGCAUCAUUGGCAGUGAGGCUGUCGUCUGCCACUGCAUCGAAACAUCCGUCGUUGACCCCCGUGUAAGAUCCAUGGAGAUCGUCGCCGUUAAUGCCAGCCUUCGAGGCCUUAUCGAGGUCGAGGAGAGAUCUUCCUAUCGGCCUCAUCCAGAAAAUCCCGAGGGGUGGACGCUAUUAAAGCAGGACACUAGCAUUCGUUGCAAGCCUUUUAAGGCGCUGGCUGCCGUUGCUGAGAAGGUUGAGCAGCGCUGCGUUGAGCGGUUUCAGCAGAAUAGCGUGAAGGGUCGGGAGUUCGUUGAGCGGAUCUGUAAGUACCUGGAAGCGGAAUCCUCGGCUUCCGCUGCAGUUUCCACAGCGUCAUGAUGAGAAUUGUCUGACAGCUUGGUAUAAGGUGAUCUGACUCUCUGAUUGGGGAAUUUAAUUUUGUAAACCGAGAACUUGGACAUGUCCAUCUUUUCAUGAAUUUUUAUUAGUAUUUGAUCUCGUUUCUGAGCGAAGUUUUGGAGUAUCCAGAGGUCUAGGCAUCUCAAUCUGAAAUUUUAUGUCACAUAUAUGUUGCAAAUUCUAGUUCAAGUAAAUGAUGAGAUUAUUUCUUUGGUUUGUCGAAGGUUAGUGAUGUAUGUUUAUACCCUUCUGCUUUGUAAUCUUUCCAUCCUGAAUGUGGAAAUGAUGAAUUUGAACAUAUUAAUGUUGUGUGUUGGAG